UUAUGUUAUAAAUAAUUAAUAUUAAUUGCUUCUUUUUUAUUUUAUUUUUGUCGCCACCACCUCCAAAGCUCUCACCUUUACCUUUCUUCCUCCCCUGUUUCCUCGAAUUCUCACGCCAUUUGCCCCAAAAUUCCUCGGUCCGACCGACCGAGCUCGUUCCAUCUCCGGCUAUUUCCGAGCAAGUCUUGGAUUUUUUUUUUUUUUUUGUUCGCUCCGAGCCAUCGAUUUCGAUCGAAAAUGGGAAAAAAUUCGAUCCUUUGAGGCCAAUUUCGGGGCAUCUUCUCCAUUCUUAGGGUUCCUCCGGGCUCUCUCGGUUCGAUUCGUUUCUUGGCAGAUAAAUCUCCUAUCUUUGCUUCUUCCCGUUUUUCUGACUGCGAUCAGGCGAAAAAAUCGCUCUUUCUCGAUUCUUAGCUGAAAUUUCCGGUCAUCGUUCUCUGUUUGCUAAUCUUUUUGUCUUGAAUUUUCUCUGUUUGAAUCAUCCAAAAAAAAUCUCUUUUUCUUUUUCUUCGAUUUUCGCUAGAAAGUCGGCAUUUUUCCCGCUCAGUCUCAAAAAUCUCUUUUUUCUUCGAUUUACAAGUCUUUCUAGGGUUAACUUAUAAUUCUGUGAUCCAGUUCUCGCUUCAAUUACCAUCGAUCUUUUCUUCUCUCGAGAUAUAUAUUUCUGGGAUCCUUUCCAUCUAUCUUAGAACAAUCAAAUGGCCCAAGAAAGCUGUAAUCUUGACAAAGAUGAGGCCGAAAUCCUGAAACCCUCCUCUUCUUCCUCCCCUUCUCCUUCUCCACCCUCUCCUCCUCCGUCCUCGUCAUCGCCGCCUUCUUCUCUAUUCAUGAACCCCUGCGAAGAAUUCCCGGUGCAGAGGCCCGAGAGGCCGGAAUCUCCGGCCGCCGCGGCCUCGCCAGCCGCCGCCGUGGUCUCGAGCACGCCAAAGCCCGACGAAGAAGCUCAGUCACCCGUUCGGUUUAGUAACAGGUGCUCCACCUGCCGGAAAAGGGUUGGCCUGACCGGAUUCCGGUGCCGAUGCGGCGAUCUCUUCUGCGGCCGCCACCGAUACUCCGACACCCAUGACUGUUCUUUCGAUUACAAGACGGCCGGGAGGGAGGAGAUUGCGAAGGCCAACCCUCUUGUUAGAGCUGCUAAGAUCAUCAAGAUCUAAGGUUUAAAAUUUUAUGUUCUUAAUAAUUUUCCUUUUUCGUUCGCAUCCUUAUAUCUGCUUGUUUUCCCCUGUAAUCAGUUGUUGGGACUAAAUAUCUAGUUGUUUACACCACAAUUAUUAGCUUUCAUGAGCAUUUAAGUUUGGAUCUAUGAAUUUUAAUAUAUGCUUUUCUGAUUGGAAUCUCAUGGUUGUUAGAUAA